GUUAAAUAGGAUAUUUUCAAAAUGGAAGCAGCGGUCACGCUGCUUGGCAACAUUCCCACUGAAAAGCCGAAGACGACGGCAGCAGGAUCGGUCACAGCCAGCAACAACAACAACAGCAACGAGAAGAAGAAGAGCAGUCGGGAUUCGAUUUAUACGCCUUCAUCACCGUCAUCAUCUCUCUCUGCUCUUCUGCUGCUGCUGCAUUUGUGCAUUUGCUGCUGCCGGUCACACACAGGCACACACACACACAUAUAUAUAGAUGCAGUGUGUAUGUAUUGGUGGCAGCAUGCUCAACACUUACGCAACGCUGGCGACAUCUGACGGCGACAUUAGUCAACACUAAGCCAGCAACGGGGAAAAAAAGUUUCACACCAACAACAACAACAAAAGCAACAGUAGAAGGAGCGUAAGAGAAGGACAGACGAAGUAGUGGAGAAAGAAGCGGAACGGAGCGGAGCAGGAAGAGAAGUGUAGAAAAACAAACAAAAAAAAAUAACUAGGCACAAGUUAUUAUGGCAACCAACACGAGCAUCUCGUCGGCGACGCCAUCGCUGGCCACAACGCCGGCAACAACGCCCACAGCAAUGACAACAGCAGCGACGACAGCCAAGCGACUUGGCUACACAUCGCCAGCCGUGUCCUCAUUGUCAGCUGCCUCUGCCUCUGCCUCGGCUGCGUCGGCGUCGGCAGCAUCGGCGACCACAGCAUCGGUCAUCUGCGAGGAGGUCUUUGACGAAGCCUGCCUCCCAUCAUCCGAGGAGAUCAACGAUUAUGCGACGCUGAUUGGCAUUGAGCCCGGCAAGGAGACACAUUUGCUAUACCUGGCCAAGGAAGGUCUUAUGGCCGCCCUGCCGCCUGAGUGGAAGAUUUGCUACUCGGAGGAGAAGAGCGGACAUUACUAUCACAAUACGCGGACAAAGCAAUCGCAGUGGGAUCAUCCGCUGGACGCCGUCUAUCGUGAUCUCGUCGAGCAGACGCGACAAAAGCUCGCCACCGGAGGCAGCGUCGGAGCAGCGACUCCCAUCAUUGAUAACUCGGAUGAUGUGUCGCAGUUGGACUCGGGAAUACGCAGCAUGCAGGGCACCGACGAGUUGCUCGACGACAUGAGUUCACCCCUCAACAAUGGCAGCAGUCAGAAUCAGCAUCAACAGCAGCAACAGCAACCGCAACAACCACAGCAAUUGAAAGCGAGCGGAGCAAAUAGUUUUCCCGGUCCAAGCGGAUUUAGCGGCGGUGUCAGUCGCUUUUUGGAGUCGCGCAGCAAGAACUUUGGUCCCAUCUUUCAGCCGGUGAAGAACACACGCUUUGAGGUGGCCAAAACGAAUUCACAAAUCAGUCUGGCCAUGAAAUUCGGCGGACAAUCUGCCGCAUCUGCGGGUGGAGAAACAUCAGGAGCGGGGACAGCAACGCAACGUUCAGGCGGAGCAUUUCAAUUGUCCGGCACCGGGGCCAUGUUCCUCAAGUCGCGACGUCACCUCGAACAGCAGCAACAGCCACAAACUGUUGUCCCGACAACCUCAGCGGCAGCGACUGCAACUCCGCCUCCCAUUGAGCUGGGCAGCACACCGGGCGUCAAGGGAAUUCUACGCGACUCUAGUUUAACGGAUAUGCGGCGACGUUUCGAUCGCGAACGCGAUCGCGAUGAGGAUGCUGUGAUUGUGGUGGGUGCCAGUGGCGGUGGAGAGGAUAAGAAGAGCGUGCGGUUCAAUCUGGAGGACACGAUACGCUUGCGCAGCUCACCCGAGGAGGAGGACAACAACAGUCUGCGCAAACUCAACCAAAGUCCCGAGUUGUCCAUCAACUCUGAAGACGAGGGUGGCGAUGAAUCCGAACGCGAUGCUGACAACGAUGACGAGGAGGAAGAAGAGGAGGAGGAGGAAGACGAUGACGAUGACGUCUGGGACGAGGAUGUGAUUGAUCCCGAUGCCAUGGAGGGCAUGUGCAGUCUAAAUCCCUUCAUCAGUGAUGCCAACAAAUCCAUACGCAUCAUCAAUCUGCCCAAGGCACAAACCAUACAGAUGCUAAAAUCCGCACAGAGCUCCGUUCCCGAACUGGAACCCGUCAAGCUAAGCGAGUCCAGUGGCGGCGGCGGCGGUGGGGCGACGACAACAGCGAGCAGUUACCUCGACAAGCUGAAGGAAAGCGCCGCUGUCAAGCCGCUGUACGAAGACACCGACUCGGAUUCGAAGGGCAGCUCGGUGCGCAGUUUCAUCAUCAACAAAUCGGAACAGGAAUCGCUGCACUCGUCGACGACCCCCGCGGGCAACAAUCCCUUCGAUCUCGACGAGCUGGGACGCAAGCACAGUCACGAACUGGAGCAACUUCAACGCAAGUCCGCACAAUCCGCGGCUCAGCUGGCGACCGAUAAACUCGGUCUGCGGUCCCUGAAGAUGGCCAGCAAGUUGGUGGGACUGCUGAAGCAGAAGGACAACAACAGCCAGUCGUCUGCAAGCGGCGAGGGAGUGUUGAACGAGGCCGCAGCGCUGCAGCAGCUGCAACAGGAUAUGGAGCACAUUAAACGCGAGCACGAGACGCGUCUGAAGAGUCUACGGCACGAGUACGAUUUGCGCCUGACCUCACAUCAGCAUCAGCUCGAGGAGGCCUUUGAACUGCAGUUGGAGGAAUAUCGCUCACAGCUGGAACAUCAGCUGCAGGCGAAGCGCGCUCAGGUCGUCAGCGAGCACAAGGCACGCAUGGCAACGCUGCAGUCGAAUCACGCGGAGCUGUUGCACGAACUCGAACGGGAUUUGCGCAGCGAACAGGAAAUAUUGCGACGCGAACAUGCCGCAAAGUUGACGCAAAUGCGCGACAAGCUCGCCCACGAACUGGAGCUGGAGAAGCAACGAUUGCGGGACACCGGGGAGGAGCGAUUGUACGAGAAGGUGCGCUGCGAGAAGCGGCUGCUUGAGGACAAAUACCGUUGCCUCAAGGAGAAGUAUGUGCGCCUGAAGACCGACGUCAAGUUGUCGCUGGAGCGACGCAGUCGUCGCCGCGAGGCGCAGGCGUUGCAACAGCACAAUAGCACGCAUCAUCAUGGGACACAUCACGGCCAUCACAACAAUCACACCAAUACGAAUACGACAACGGGUUCCGAGACGGAACGUUCGAUCUCGCAGAAACCCUCGAUCGGCAACAGCGAGAAUCGUUCGCUUAGCUACUCGGAGCAAGCGACCGCCGCCGGUGGCCUAAGUCCCGCAACGACCGGCGGCAGUCAGGGUGCAGCGGCCAAGGUGAAGCCACCGGUGCCCCCGAAGACGCAUCUAAGUAAGCCUGGGAUUGCCAGCAAGUACAUUAAGACACUGCAGCUGCAGGACGAUACGAACACCUCGUUGAGUCAAUCGGACACAACGAUCUCCAACAAUUACAGCAAGGGACGGUAUUUGGCUGCGAUGGCCACACCGACGGCGACACCAACGCCCUCGGCAUCGGCGGUGGUGUUGAGCGAUAAUGGGAAUUCCGAUUCCGAGGCGGUGGCUCUGCAGCAGCAGGAGAACAACAACAACAAUAACAAUAAAUCGUUGUCGGUGAUGCAGCCCCGGAAGAAACUCUUUUCGCGCACCAAAUCCGCGUCGACCUCACGUCUCAAUUCGGACAAUUCGAACAACUACGGCAAGCAGCAGCAGCAGCAAUCACAGCAACAGCAGCUGAUGGAGCAACGUCCCUGCACACCGGUGGAGAAUUUGCGACAUCAGUUGCAGAAACUCGAGGAUCUAGAGGAUCAGUUUCCCGAGCAUACGCUCGACACCACCUAUCAUCUCCGUUAUCCCUUCACGGACAUUUCCAAUGAACAUGCAGCGGUCGUGGGUUCGGUGGUCGGUUCCGAGCUGGAGUUCUUCAAGCAUCGCAUACACCUGGAACGCGAUUCGGUGAGGCGAGCCAAGGAAUCGUUGCGCACACAACGCACCAACUUUCGGGCACGUCAGCGUGAGAUUAAGCAACGCCACAAGACAAUUGCGUUGGCAGCACCGCGUCACUCGCUCGAUCAACUGAUACAGGAGGAAAAGGAGCUCACCGAAAUGGAGGUGAAUUUGCAUCGAACACGCGCGUUGCUCGGUGAGAAGGUGAUCCGAUUGCGACACCUGGAGCAGAGUUUGUUGCGCAUCUACGAGAAGGAGAAACCAACGCUAGAGCAAGAGCCCAAGGACGAUGCGACCACAUUGAGUGAUCUCUCGUCGCACUCGAGUUCCGGUUUUAGCAGCACGGACUUUGCCAGCGGUGCCGAUUUGCACAAGCGCAAGGAAUACUUUCAGCAGGAGUCAAACGAAUGCAUACAAAAUCUCGAGAUACUGAAUGCCGAGAUACGUGAAAUACUCGACAUACUCAGUCAAAAGCAACAGCACCAACACCAACACCAGACAGCCUCACAUCAGGCAUUGUCCACGCUGAACAUGGGCAUGUCCAUGCCCCCGAUGAUAUCCCCGAAUGAGCUCAGCUGGUCGCACAUGCUGAGCCAACAGCACCAGCAGCAGCAGCAAUCAUCGUCAGCUGUCGCUGCAAUGCCAACGCUUCAGAGCAGCAGCUCGACACACAGUCUCAGCGGUGCCACAACUCAACAAACCCAGGCAGCUGCUGUGGCAGCAGCAGCGGCGGCAGCUGCAGCUGCGGUCCAUGCCCCACAAUCGAUACCCACGCUCGCCGAUCGCCUUGAGACGUAUCGCCAAUUGGCCGCCGGCCGCAUGCACAGCUCGAUGGGCGGCGCCAUUCUGGCGGCCAACACAAUUGUCUCCCAGAGUCCUCGGGCGGUCAACUACACCACAAGUCUGGUGGAACGGACUCGGGAUUUACGCAACUGGUUGCGUCAGGCGAAGACCGAGCAUGAACUCCUCACCGGCAUGGGGAUGCAGCAUGGCCUGGCGAUGCACUCGGCCAGCGGGGCGGGUGGGAUCAGUGGCAUUGGUGCCGCAAUCGGUGGCAACUCCUCCGGAGGCUCUUCGGCUAGCGGUGGCGGAGGCGGAGGCGGUGCCACCGCUUCGGUUGUUGUCCCAGCCACGGGAACAGCCACAGGAACAGGAACAACAGCCGGAGCAGCAGCGGUUGCAACUGCGGCAGCCGCACAAACUAAUUUGUAAGAGAAGCAUAUUCCCCCUAUCUUUAUAUAUACGUUACGUUUCUAUUUCUAGUCAAGACUAUGUUAGGACUUUUAGUUGUUAAUUGCUGUGUAUAUAUAAAACGCCUUUUUGCCUCUUUGCCUUUUGGUUGCAAACACACGAUUUAACGAUUUAACUUAAACAACCUGAGCUACUUUGGGAGUUAUAAACUUGUUUUCCCCCCUCACUCCCAACAAAUAAUAAUUUACUCGUUAUAAAUCGAAAGAAAACUCUCGUAUUGAAUAAUUUAACUAAGUAAAUUAACUCAAAGUUAAUCUGACUGUCAUAGUUAAUUAACAAAAAAAAAAAACAAAACAA